CAGUCCGCUCAGCGCACGCAGGGCAGGCGGCGGUGGCCGGGGCUAGGAGCAGGUCCGUGCCGCUCGCCUGGGCCAGCUGCAGCUCUAUCAGGGCGGCGGCGGCCGGGGGGAGGCCGCGGCGCGCGCGGGUCCGCCGUUCCGUGUGUGCGCGCGCGCUGGGGGGAGAACGGGCCGCGCUCCGGGCGCAGCCUCCCCUGCGCUCAGGCCUGUAGCGCUAGUAAUCGCGGCCGCCUGUUGUCUGUGUUUUGCAGCGACCCAAAAUGGAGUAUGAGUGGAAACCCGACGAGCAGGGGCUCCAGCAGAUCCUGCAGCUGCUCAAGGAGUCGCAGUCCCCGGACACCACCACGCAGAGAGCGGUGCAACAAGUAUCCUUGGCCGGGUCCGGGGCCUACCGCAGAGCCGGGGUCGCUGCCUGCCGCGCCGAGGCCGAGCCACUCAGGCGCAGUUCGCUCUUUCCACGGGUUCCGGCUCCGCUUCUUCUUCGGUCCCGCGGGGGAAGGACGGAUAGGGGCUUCCCGGGUUUGGGGAGCCGGGGCGUGAGGGGCGCGGCGAAGCUCCCGGGGAAGGGGAGAGGGAGCGGUGGCUUCUCCGGGUUUCAGGCCCCGCUCGAUGAGGAGGGAGCCGCCACAGCGCUGCGAGCGGCUGGAGAGGCCAGCGAGCUGGGGGGCGCUGUUGGCCCAACCCCCGCCCAGGCGCUGAGGUGGGCGGCAGUGGCGCGGGGUUUGAACCGCCGAGGGAACCCGUGGGCGGUAAUGUUACUCACCUCCCCCUCCUGGCCCCCGGCCCGAGCACCUGUUGCAAGCCGGGAGCUAAGUGGAGCUUUUCUUUUUAAAGCCUUGGCCGGGCCAUGCCGCUCUGGUGUCUCCCACUUUCCCGGGUUAUCCCACGCUGGGCCUCUGCCAGCCCCCAGCUGCAGCAGCGCGGAGCUCGCCUUCCUGGAGGGCUGCCUACGGCCGUGCACAGGCCUCUUUCCAUAGAGGGCGUGGGUGGAUCCCGCCAACAGGGCUGGGGGCAGGCUUGACACAGGGUUUCUAGUUGAGAAAUGCUGCUCCACCCCCAGCCCUGCCUGGCGGGGCUAAACUCUGUGAUGUCUCUAGUCCGCUCUUUUCUCGGGAGUCAGCCAUGGAAGAAGGGAGGAGGCUCAUUUAGCAGGACAUGUGGUACCAGCAUCUCUGUCAGAGUGCCCCCAUCUUUUGUGUAUGCGUGGUGGAUCUGGGGGAGAGGGGCCCUGUUUCAUGUCCUAGUGCCUUCAUAGAUAAUGGAACAAGCAUAAUCUGGUGGCGGUAGUCGCUGGCAAGCAUAUUUCUAUUGGCCUCUUCAAUCUAUGGAUGAAAGUUCAGGUUUUCCACACUGUGAAAACAGUACUUUGUUUGCAAGGAAGACUUUUGAAAGAGUUAAUUGUUAUAUGGUAAACCAGGGAAGGUCACCUGCCAAGGAAAAAUUGAUUUUUUUGUUUGUUUCUUUGAUACUUGAAAAAAACAAAAAAAAAAAAAAAAACCCAACCAAGUACUUUUUGCAUUGCUUGUAUUUUUAUAUUAGCAGUUCUGAUUUUGUGCACUCUGAAAGUCUCCAACGACUAUAGAAGUGGAGUGAUUAUUCAGACCAGCAAAACCUUGGGCAGGAAAAUGUUUUUGUUAAGAUUCAUCAUCCCCUUCUCCUUUCAUGAAGAUACAAAAUACUGAGAUAUGUAGGAAGCCUUUCAGAAAAAAACAGGUUUCAUUUCUUUUCAUUCAGUUUGCUUAAAAUGGAAUUAAUAGCUGUCUGCUGUGCUGUGACACUCCAGCAUAUGCCAUACAUUAAAGAUGUACUCUGCUGGUGUUGGCCCUAAUGAACCCACACGGUCCCUGAGUGGUCUCAUAUUGAAGAAUAAUGUGAAAGCGCAUUUUCACAACUUUCCAAAUGGAGUAACGGACUUCAUCAAGAGUGAAUGUCUAAACAACAUUGGUGACUCCUCCCCAUUAAUUAGAGCAACUGUAGGCAUUCUGAUUACAACCAUUGCCUCUAAGGGGGAAUUGCAGAAUUGGCCUGAACUCUUACCAAAGCUUUGCAGCCUCUUGGAUUCUGAAGACUACAAUACCUGUGAGGGUGCAUUUGGAGCUCUUCAGAAGAUAUGUGAAGAUUCUGCUGAAAUCUUAGAUAGUGAUGUAUUAGAUCGACCCCUCAAUAUCAUGAUCCCUAAAUUUUUACAGUUCUUCAAACACAGCAGUCCAAAAAUAAGGUCCCAUGCUGUUGCAUGCGUCAAUCAGUUUAUCAUCAGUAGAACUCAAGCUCUUAUGUUGCACAUUGAUUCUUUUAUUGAGAAUCUCUUUGCAUUGGCUGGAGAUGAGGAGCCUGAAGUACGCAAAAAUGUGUGUCGGGCUUUGGUGAUGCUGCUGGAAGUUCGAAUGGAUCGCCUGCUUCCUCAUAUGAUUAGUAUAGUUGAGUACAUGCUUCAGAGGACUCAGGACCAAGAUGAAAAUGUGGCUUUGGAGGCGUGCGAGUUUUGGCUGACUUUGGCUGAGCAGCCAAUUUGUAAAGAUGUGCUAUGUCGGCAUCUUACUAAGUUGAUACCUGUGUUAGUAAAUGGUAUGAAGUACUCAGAAAUAGAUAUUAUUCUGCUGAAGGGGGAUGUUGAAGAAGAUGAAGCUAUUCCAGAUAGUGAACAGGACAUAAGGCCUCGUUUUCAUCGUUCACGGACAGUGGCUCAGCAGCAUGAAGAAGAUGGUAUUGAGGAAGAUGACGACGAUGAUGAUGAGCUUGAUGAUGAUGAUACUAUUUCUGAUUGGAAUUUAAGGAAGUGUUCUGCUGCUGCACUAGAUGUCCUUGCCAAUGUAUUUCGUGAUGAACUGCUGCCACACAUUUUGCCCCUUUUGAAAGAACUGCUGUUUCAUCCAGAAUGGGUGGUUAAAGAAUCAGGUAUCCUGGUUCUAGGAGCAAUUGCUGAAGGUUGCAUGCAGGGUAUGAUUCCAUAUCUUCCUGAACUAAUCCCUCACCUUAUUCAGUGCCUCUCUGAUAAAAAGGCUCUUGUGCGCUCCAUUACAUGCUGGACUCUUAGCCGCUAUGCACACUGGGUAGUUAGUCAACCCCCAGAUACGUACUUGAAGCCAUUAAUGACAGAGUUGCUAAAACGUAUCCUCGAUAGCAACAAGAGAGUACAAGAAGCUGCCUGCAGUGCCUUUGCUACUCUAGAAGAGGAGGCUUGUACAGAGCUUGUUCCUUACCUUGCAUAUAUACUUGACACUCUGGUCUUCGCAUUUAGUAAAUACCAGCAUAAGAAUCUUCUCAUCCUUUACGAUGCCAUAGGAACUUUAGCAGAUUCUGUAGGACAUCAUCUAAACAAACCAGAAUAUAUUCAGAUGCUAAUGCCUCCACUAAUCCAGAAAUGGAACAUGUUGAAGGAUGAGGAUAAAGAUCUCUUCCCUUUGUUAGAGUGCCUGUCUUCGGUUGCCACUGCCUUGCAAUCUGGUUUCCUUCCAUACUGUGAACCCGUGUAUCAGCGUUGUGUAAACCUGGUACAGAAGACUCUUGCACAAGCCAUGUUGCACAAUGCUCAGCCAGACCAAUACGAGGCACCAGAUAAAGACUUCAUGAUUGUGGCUCUUGAUUUACUCAGUGGCUUAGCUGAAGGACUUGGAGGCAACAUUGAACAGCUAGUGGCUCGCAGUAAUAUCUUGACACUAAUGUACCAGUGCAUGCAGGAUAAAAUGCCUGAGGUACGACAGAGUUCUUUUGCCUUGUUAGGUGACCUGACAAAGGCAUGCUUUCAGCAUGUUAAACCUUGCAUAGCUGAUUUCAUGCCGAUUUUGGGAACCAACCUAAAUCCUGAGUUCAUUUCUGUGUGCAACAAUGCUACAUGGGCAAUUGGAGAAAUCUCCAUUCAAAUGGGUAUAGACAUGCAGCCUUAUAUUCCUAUGGUGUUGCACCAGCUUGUAGAAAUCAUUAACAGACCCAACACACCAAAGACGUUGUUAGAGAACACAGCAAUAACAAUUGGUCGUCUUGGUUACGUUUGUCCUCAAGAGGUGGCCCCCAUGCUACAGCAGUUUAUAAGACCCUGGUGUACCUCUCUGCGGAACAUAAGGGACAAUGAGGAAAAGGAUUCUGCUUUCCGUGGGAUUUGUACCAUGAUCACAGUCAACCCUAGUGGAGUAGUCCAAGACUUUAUAUUUUUUUGUGAUGCUGUUGCAUCGUGGAUUAGUCCAAAAGAUGAUCUCCGAGACAUGUUCUGUAAGAUCCUUCAUGGAUUUAAAAAUCAAGUUGGGGAUGAAAAUUGGAGGCGUUUCUCUGACCAGUUUCCUCUUCCCUUAAAAGAGCGCCUUGCAGCUUACUAUGGAGUUUAACCUCAUGUAUUCAAACUGCAGUCCCAUAAUUAGGGGUCCUUCAGUCUAGGAGACUAUGAGGGAGCCUCUGCACCCAGGGAAAAUGUUACCCUUUACUGGGGGGAAGGGUAAACCAGUAGGGAAUACAGUACAAUCCCAAGCCUACUGGGAGGGGCGGGAGGGAGGUGUUGCCGUCACUGUAUUAAGUCGAUGUUGGGAAACGUUUUAACAUCUGGAGCCUUUGUGGGUGGAAAUCUGUCUCCUAUUACAACUCUGCACUGGAUGUGAAGAAGCAAAAAAGAGAAUCUAUUCACAAAACAGCACAGUCUGGAAUAUUAUGGGGAAUUGUACCAAAACAAGAACCAUAUAAUUGAACCAUAGGGAUACGUAAAGAGGAAAACUAUUCUGCGCACAAUAAAGGAAACCUAAGAAUGGGGGUGGGGGUUUACAAAAAGCCUUUGACUGUUUAAGUAAGGGUUUUCUCAUUAUUUCAUCCUGCUUGAUGGGAUUCCUAGGUAUUUGCAUGUUAAUGAAGAACUACACAAAUGAAGUUAGUACAGUUAAAAUGCAGCUUGCUACCUGUAUUAGGAACUGGCACCUGCAGUGUACAAUAUAGAAACCCCAUAAUAAAGGUUUAACUUUAACAAAAUGAAGCAACUUGCAAGAUGCCAAAUGAGUCACUCCUUUCAUUUUUUGGGUGGGGGGAGGGGCAUUUCAAAGGAAAGAUUGACAUCUUAAUUUUACAUUAAAAACUUUAGUGGAUAUGAUUUGAUGGUUGUACUUCAUUAGAUUUAAUUUCAAGAGUAAGGCAUUAUUCUUAACAUGCAGUUUAAGGUUCAGGCAUGCAUUCUGGCUCCUAGUGAUCAGAAGUAAUUUAAAUUAGUGGGAAAGUAGCAUGCUUGCAUCACAUAGAGUGAGAUUGGUAUACUUUUACUUAUGUUGCGCCAGUUUUGUGUUGCAGUUUACCAAUUUAAUAUAGCCCUGCAUUUAAAAAUCCUUUUUUAAAGAUUCUGUGGAUUUUUAUUUUUAUUAAGAAUAUAGAUAUAAAGUACUGUAGUUUACAAUUAGGCCUUGAAAUAUCUUUUUAGGAUCUGUUAAGAAUAAGAUUGAUAUUGUAUUGUGUGUAACCGGCACAAUGUGGAAAGCUGAUAUAGCUGUGCAAAAUAUUUGCCUCUGUGCUGUCAGUGUGAUGUGCUUUCUGCAUGGUUAUAUACUACUAGUGAUUUUAUCAGAACUUCUAAAAAUGAGUUACAUGGUAAGACCUGUUAAAGGCUGCAUAAAUGUUAGUUGGCACGUAAAGACAAUUGUAGAAGUUGAUGACAUGAUUGCUAUAUUUCAUUGUUUAUUCCCACUCAACAUAUUAUCUUCUAUGCUUUCUUUUUUGUUCAAAGCAUGAUCUUUGAGAUGUUUAAGUUAAUGGAUGUAAUGCAGGGUAUCUACACUGUAUCGGCGCAUGUUGGUGGCCCUUUGUGUCGUAGUUAAGUGCACAAGGGUGCAAGUUAAAAGCUACAGAGUGAAAGUUGGUUUGGAUCCUCUUCAUUUCAUUUGUUUGGCUUUUCUGUUGUUUUUCUCUACUUACGUGUAUUCCUGUGAAUAAAUCCUUGUUAAGUUAACCCUUUACUUUUCCUUCCAUGUGUAUUUUCUUAUGUACUGUGAAUGUGAAAACCUAACUGGUACACUUGAUCUUGUGUCCAUCUGAAAGUGCAAGUCUUUAUUAAUUUAGAUUACCUAAAGAGUGUAUCCCAUGAUGAUAAAGGAAAAUGGAGAGAUUUUAACUCUGCUGGUCAGAGGUGAAGCCACACCUUUCCAUUUUUCAAGUGCUGCGUAAUUAAUCUAUAAAACAAAAUUAAGCCAUAACAGCCUUUUUAUAGUUUUAGUUUCUUACCGUUGCAUUACAGAAUGAAUACUGGAUAACAGGUUUUGUAAGAACUUAAUCUUCUUUGCAUGGUUCUAUUCUUUAAGAAUGUUUGAAUAAUGUAGCCAUUGCACUGAAGUUUGAGUUGUGUGAUAAAUGCUGUUUAAAGAAGUUUUUUUUAAUGCAUGGUAGCAUGAACAAGUUUUACACAUUCCUUUUUUGGCUUUUCAAAAUGAUAAUAGAUUAUCUUGCUUGAAGAUAGUUUUGACAUAUACUGACUAAAUUCAGUAAUGCUAGUACAUGAUACUUACUCAUGUCGUUUAAUCAGAACUGCAUGUGGUGAUUUGCUUUCAAAUUCAGUUGCUUUGUUAGAAACUACAAAUCUUCCUUCUUGGCUAAUAAUUCUAGAGUGGGUAAUAGGUUUCUUUGACUAAAAAUAUGUCCGACGUAUUACUAUUAAAAUGUAGUGAGGUAGGCUCUUGUCCUAGACCCAAAUGUAUUUUAAUUUCUUGUAUAGGUUAAACAUUUGGCAAGUUUCAGGAAAAAACUACAGCUUUUCCAGAUUAAAAUUUUGUAUAUAAUAUAAAACCUACUUUAUAGUGCAGUGUUGUUUGGACUUUAUUUAAAUUCAGCUCUAACAAUUGCAGCAACCCCAUUAACUGGAGGAAAAAUCAGUCAGAUUAGCCCAUCAUAUCCACUUUUAUGUGUGUAUUUUAAAUCUGUAUCUAUAAACGUGUGACUGUUUACAGAUGUGAACUGAUUUGGUAUAGCAGUAAGGAAUAUAAUCAAAACAAUGCAAAAUUAAACAAUACUGCCAUAAUCAUAGUACUUUAAUAGGUCCUCUGGUAUAUUUUAAAGCAAAUUAAACCAUAUUCCUAAUGCAUAAUAGUACAGGCAUUUGCAGAAGACAUUUUAGGUUAUAACUUGAGGUAAGAAAAGUUGAUUCAGCAUUAACCGUUGUAAUUCAAAUUGUUGCAUCAUGGGAUAUAUAUAUAUAUAUAUAUAUAUAUAUAUAUAUAUAUAUAUAUAAAGCAUCUUAAUUCUUGUGGUGUAGUUUUUGACAGUUUUUGAAUGUUGACUGAAUGUUUAUACCAGUAGAAUUGUAUGUUUGUCUUUGUUACAUUCCAGUGUUUCUGCCUCUUGGCAUGCUAAAAGCACGGCUUACUUCAUCUGCUCCUUACGCACUGAAUAAAGUGCUGUUAGUGUGCUAAACUACAGAAAUAGCCGCUGCUAAGUGAUAAUGUAGAUUUUCUACUUGAAUAUUUUGUUGUAGGAACCUCAGGAGGUCAGUGUUUACUGUUUUUUAUAUGCCUUGUUUUUCCUGUUUGAGUUUCCCUUUUUGAAGGAUUCUAACAGUGAACAAAAGCUGCUGAUCAACCUAAGUUGGUAUCAGAAAGUGUAUUUAAAAUUUUAAAUGCACCUUUUUGGCAGUUCUAAAUUGCAGUUAAAUUAGUCUUAAAAUAAAGUUCAGUACGACAGUUUUUCAUUUAUACAUUCAGAAAACAAGUUGUCUUUUUUCAUUUAAAAAAAAAUUAUAGACUACUUCAUGACUUCAGGCAAUGUAAGCAAAAAUGAUCAAUUUUGUAAAUUUUUUGAAGCUUGAUUUUCUAAAUCAGUUUGUACAUAAUUAAAAUUGUAAUAAGCUAAUUCUUAUGUUUCAGUUUAUUGCUACUUACUAGAGGUUGUACCCAAGAGAUCACUUUUAAAAGAAUGGAUUUAAAAUUUAUAGCCAUUAUGAUUUUUAAAAUUUAAGUAGCAUAAAUUUUGUACUAAACAAUCUUGACACGCACUGUGAUUUUUUUUAAGACUUUCUUUAGCAUUGAUCUGAAUUACUUAAGCUGCAUAUAUGUAUAAUAUAAUCAAAUAUAUAUUCUAAAAUUUUAAGUGGCUUUCCUCAACUGAAACUCAUUGCUACGCCAACAUGAAAUAUUCAGAUACUAGUUUUAUCUCAGGUGAAUACUCUUGUACCCUUUUUGUUCACAACAUAUGUAUAAAACACGUCUUAAUUAUACCAGUUUAUGUAUUUCAUAUAUGUAUUUUCAUAUAUGUCUUAAACUCUUACAAUCUAAAUUAACCUGCUAUGGGACAAAAAUGAUUUUGCUUCACAUCAGUCACCUAUUUUAUUCAUAUUGAAUGUAUUAACAGAUAAAGGUGCAAAACAAUCUUUCCUGGAGAAGACUGCAUCCAUGCAUAACAGCAACUAAAAUACUUCAUAAAUAGUGCUUUAAAGCAUUGCAUAGGAAGUUUUUUGUUUCAAAUAUUAUAAAAAAAAAAAAAGUUAUAACUUGGCAUUAACUGCUUCUCAAUUUAUUUUUUUUUUUGUAAGGUGAUGGACCUUUAAAAUACUGUGGAAGGUCUACAGACUAUUACUUUUUUUUACUGUAGCUUUAGGUAAAGAUUCAGAUCUAUAAUGAAACUGCUGCUGUAAACCACUUAACACACAGUAAUGUAAACACUGUCGUUUGCAUACAGCAGUUUGCUUACAUAUUCAUUACAUAUUAUUGGCAAUACCUAAUCUUGGGUACAAGUUUGAUACACUAGUUGUAGGUUUCAUAUGUAUAUUCUUCAGUAUGACUUACAUCUGUCAGGUUACGAGACCUCUUCCUCCAGUACAAAAACGCUAUCUAUAGAUGGUUCUUGCUUUUUGCACUUAUUGUUGGAGCUAAAUCAGUUUUAGGUUAUUCUAAAUGAAAACUGUAAUGAGUACAUUGUGGCUUGCCUUUCCAAUGUGUAUUGUGCUAAAAUAAUAAAGAUACUUAUAAAUCUGAAUGUAUUCAUGCGAGGGGAAGUUAAAAUGGAUGUAUGAUAAGGUUAAUUCCCAUGCUUUGUUGGACAGUGUACUUUUAAACAAAUCUACUUUCCAAACAAGUUCAAAGCUUACAGCGUAGUAUCUCUUUUCUGUAAGUUGAUACUGUUGAGGUACUUUAUCCUUAAAUCUCUUUCUACAGAUGAGUAACAAAACUGGGAAAGCCUGGGUGACUUUUGUGGGAGCAAUGUUUGGACCACACUGUGUAAUCAGGUUUAUUUGGUUGUAGAAAUUUUCUAUGUUAAUAGUACCUUAUCUUACAAGGAAAAGGAGGUGGAUAUGUUGUAAAUGACCUAACUUAAUACCUAAACAGUUAUAAAACUGUUACGAUUGGAUGCAGUGAAUAAAAUAGUUUAGAAUUAGCAAAAUGACUGGAUCUUUCUGCUGACAACUUAGGUUGUAUGAGUUUUGCUUGAAAGCUUUAAAUCUCACGUUUCCUGUACCUGCCACGUUAGAAUGUUUCCUUCAAACAUAUCCUCCUGCAACUUCUCAAGCUGUACUAAAUUGAGUGAUAUUUCUUGAAGUCUGCCUCUGUGCUAAUAGAACUUCAUUUUAAAUAGAAUAUGGUUUUAAUUUUUGAUAAGCUGCUGAAUUUUAAAGAGUUUUUGGGGCCACCAAAUAUUUUGGAUCAUGCAGAGAAUAUAUAUUGUACUGUAGUAAUUUUGUAUUUACAUUUGUAUGAUGUGACAUAAUAGAUGUGAAUGUUAAUCACUGCUUGACUAUGUUAAUAAAGUUGUUUAAAUAUA